CUAGCACAUAUUUACUGAUCAAAUAGACUCUUACUAAUAAUAGCAGCUAACAUGAUGCCACAGUACAUAGCUGGGGCAGAGAUCAACUCUUACAUAAUUGUGCUCGAGUCUAAACUGCCUCAGAGUGUUUAGAGGUGAAGUCUGAAACAGCUCAAUGCAGCGUUUUAAUCAGUGAGAUUUGAUCAUUCUAUCACGCUUGAUCUUUGACCUGCAAGUGUUGCGUACUAAGUAUGCAGUGGGACAGAGAGUGCGCGCGCCUCCUCACUCAGAUGGCGUUUUUCUCAGUGAUCUGAUUUUGAGCGGCGUGACAGGACAGAACAACACUAGAUCCGCUGCGAUGGCAAAGGCAGAGUUCUCAGAAACCACAGAGCCCAGUCAGAUCGGACCGGAUUCGGAGUCUGAUUCGGAUCCGGAUGAUCACUUGCCCAGUGUGGACGCCGGAGCGGGAUUCGGGUCAGUCCGGCGGACUCAGGUGAUCCACAGCGGGCAUUUCAUGGUGUCCUCGCCGCACAGCGACUCGGUCAGGAGGAGAAGCGCAGCUCUUUAUUAUGAUAAUUCUGACACUGUUACUAAACCGGGCUGCCAGACCUACAGUUUCGGUCCGUUGAGAUCCAGACGGCUGAGCAUCGACCCCACUCUCACGCGCCUGUUUGAGUGUAUGACACUGGCGUACAGUGGGAAGAUUGUGUCUCCAAAGUGGAAGUCUUUCAAAGGUUUGAGGUUGUUGUGGAGGGAUAAAAUCCGGCUGAAUAACGGCAUUUGGAGGGCCUGGUUCAUUCAGUAUGUGGAGAAAAGGAAGAACCCUGUGUGUGGGUUUGUCACGCCGCUGGAGGGUUCGGAGGCGGAUGCCCACGGCAAACCUGAGGCGAUUGUUCUGGAGGGAAGCUACUGGAAGAGACGGAUAGAGGUGGUGAUAAAAGAAUAUCACAAAUGGAGGAUUUACUAUAAGAAAAGACUUCAGAAGAACAAAGAUCUGCUGUCCAUGCUACAGAAGAGUCCUAUCAGCAGAACAGGACUGGAGAAAUGGACUAGUCAGAUCUAUCCAGAGCCUGAGACGGCAUCAGAGGAAGUGCACAUGUUUGACUUGGAUUGCUUCCUGUCAGACAUCUCGGACACACUGUUCACCAUGACCCAGAAACCCAGUCCCUGGAUGGGAGACCGCCAAAACAUGUACACCAGUAAUGCAGAUAUGAUCCAGCCUGGUUUGACGCCACUGCAGCCCAGCUUGGAUGAUCUGAUGGACAUACCAGAUAUUUUCAUGAGUUUGCGUGGGCAGCCGACGGAGCACGUGGGUUAUUCAGACUGCAGCUUCUUUGAGAGUUCGUCCAGUGCGGCGUUUCCUUCAACUCCUUCCUCUGCGGUCACUAGUCAGAUGAUACACACAGGAUCUCUGCUAACACAGCCUCCUCUCUCAGCUGUAAAUUUAUCCCAGCCUUCGUCAUCUGUAAACCUGCCUGGACCCAGUUAUCCUCGCCAGACCAUAAACCCCGACAUGACCUUCAACCCCAGUGCUGAAACCUCAGAUCCCAAGUUCAAAAGUCACACAGAAUACAUGGGUGACUUCCAUCACUCUCUGAACCUCUCGUCUGGCAUGGCCCAAUACAGUCAGCAGGCGUCGUUCAGCGGCCACGCCACAGGCAUGACAACUGAGAUGCCAGGUGCGAUUGCUCAGGAAAGUCUUUACCCAACAACCUGCCUUAGACACAGAUUUUCAUCUAGCCAAUCACGGACCUGUACAGCAGCCACAUCCACAGUUAUCACCCACACCGGCUCUGCCAUGACCACCCUUCCAUCAGAACCCCAGCAUGGGCACGGAUACUCCAGCGUCGCUGAGAUGUUUCCACCUGCCACCUGCAUGUCUUUGAGCUACCAGCCCAUGACGGCAACCCCGUCUCUGCCCUCGGCCGUCCUCUCUCACUGCUUCUCUGUGCCACAGCAGGUGGGCGUGGCUACUGGCAGGGGGAAGCACAAACAGAAGACAACUGUAGCUCAAUUGGUUCCAAGGGUGAUGACUUCAUCUACAACUCCGCCCACUCAGACGAGUUGCCUGGCUAAUUUGCUUUCUUCCAGAUCUCAAGAGCGAAAAACAUCAUUGAGUUUUGAUGCUCCUCCAACAGGAUUAAAAGGCCACAGACCAACAUCACCCAUCUCUCCGCCAAAAAGCAGCAGUCGUGGAGGAUCACAGAUUUCCCACAAUCCCCCCUGGACCUCUACUGCGAUUGCACCACUGUCACCGUUACACAUGUCAGGCCACAGCGGCACCUUGCCGGGAAACACCAUUUCCUCUCUGCUCACGCAACAAGCCCCACUUCUCAUCCCCAAAACAGAAAAACUCUCCCCGGUUCAAAUGCACGCGAGUGACAGGAACAGUUUGACAGUUACUUUUUCAGGAAACAUGGGGCAGAUGUCACCUACGAAUCCACUGGAGAAAAACCCCGAGGAGUUACCUGGACAAGCCAAGAUGGAGUCCACAAGAACAGACACACGACGGAUCACACACAUUUCUGCCGAGCAGAAGAGACGGUUCAACAUCAAGCUCGGCUUUGACACGCUACACAGUCUGGUGACCACUCUCAGUUCACAGCCAAGUAUAAAGAUCAGUAAGGCCACCACACUGCAGAAGACAGCGGAGUACAUCAGUAAGAUGCAGCAGGAGAGAGCUCAGCUCCACGAGGAGGCCCAGAGACUGAGAGACGAGAUCCUGGUGCUCAACUCCGCCAUCAAUGUGUGUCAGCAGCAGCUUCCUGCUACAGGCGUCCCAAUAACACGACAGCGAUUCGACCACAUGAGAGAGAAGUUCAGAGAGUAUGUGAGAGUUCAAACGCUGCAGAACUGGAAGUUCUGGAUUUUCAGCAUCAUCAUCGAGCCACUGUUCGAGUCCUUUAACGGUAUGGUGUCCACAGCCAGUGUUGAUGAUCUGUGUCGCAGCACUCUCUCCUGGCUGGACCAGCACUGCUCUCUGCCUUCGCUCAGGCCCACUGUUUUGAGUUCACUCCGUCUGCUCAGCACCUCCACAUCAAUCCUCACAGAUCCCAGUCUGAUUCCUGAACAGGCCAUCCAGGCUGUCAAUCACGGACAUUCAUCCCACAGCUACAACCAAUAAUGGCACACUCUCUCAGAACUGCAGCCAAUCACACGCAUCCAAUCAUAACAGCAACAAACAAUGACAAUGUACUCUUUCACAAAUGCAGCCAAUGAUGCUCUUUCCCACAAAUAUACAAGUGCUUAUCGAUGGUAAAUGCUUCGCAGGAACGUUACUGGCUUUGGCUUAGUUUUUUGUUCUUUUCAUUAUUUAUAGGAAAACAGAGAAACUGAUCAGAGUUGAUGAAAGAGGGAAUUGACGUAAGCCAGAUUCAAACUCAGUGUAUCAGAUCUCAGUAUAACUGAUUCAGUUUAGUUGAGUCAGUAACAUGUGCCGUGUAAUGCCUUACUGUUGAAGAGACCGCAUACGUUUCUUCUGCUGAUGCUGUAAUUCUCAGAAUAUCAAUGAAUGUGAAUGUUUUACAGUACAAUGAGACACACUAUCUAUAACGCUCUGUGCCUUGUUUACACCACAACAUGUAAUUUCAGCUUUUGUUUUGCUGGCCUUUUCAACAAAGUGUGAAAUUCCCUCGAGGAAUAAAUGUAAGAUUUGACUAUUUU